GCCGGCUCAACCCAAAAAAAUCGAGACUCUUCUCUCUCUAAACCACAGCCGGCUCAACCGCAGAUGACCCGACCCGGACCCGCUUUACAGUCGGCUCUGUAAUUAUAGCCGACUUUCCUAUAGAAUUUUUAAAGCCUCGGGUUUCUCUCUCCCUGCACAAACCAACCCAGAUCUGUUUCAAACCAGCGACCUCUCCUCUCCCAAAACUCACCAUUCACUCUCUCAAUCACCAAAAUCCCUCCAAAUCUCUAAAGCCCAUCCCUUAAACACUCAAAUACCUUCAAAUCCUUGCUUACCCAACACAAAACCUCAAGCUUUUCACUUCAAUUUGUGUGGGAUCUGCUGUAUUUUUGGUGUGGCUGGUAUUUUUGUUGGGAUUUCUCUCUCAUGGCUUCAAGAAGGGGCGAAAGCAAGAGGAAACAGAUUGGGAGUUCUAGUGCCGGUGGCCAAGCCCAAGAAGAAGGUAAUCUCGUUGAUAAUGUUCUCUUUGUGGAUGAUGAUGCCAUUAAUCGCUAUAAUUUUUUCAAAAACUUGGCUGUGCUACCAUGCAAUUGUGUGAAAUUCAGUCAAUUUCCUCAAGGAGAUAUGCGUGUUGAACAAAUUUUUAGGGAACUUGGGUGGAAGGAUUAUAUAGAAAUUAAAGAGCCUGUGUAUUAUGAAGUUGUUCAUCAAUUUUAUGCUAAUUUGAAACCAAGAGAGAAUAAAUGCAAAACUAUGGUUGCUGGGGUGUCAUUUCAGUUUUCUCCAAGGGAUAUUUGUGCUGUAUUAGAUAUACCUGCAAGAGGAGAUGAUGAGUUUCUAGAUGUGAAUCAUGCUUUAGUUAGAGCCAUAAUUGCCCCCAAUUGCAUUGAAAAUCAAAUUAAAGCGGGGUUUCUUACACCAGAGAAUAGAGUUUUGCAGUGGAUUAUAUCUCGCAUUAUUGCUCAGAGGAAGGGUUCUAAAUCUUAUGUUCUUGCUAGUGAUCUUCCCUGGUUUGAUUAUCUUCUUAACGGAAAAAGGAAAGGGGAACAAGAAGGGGAUGAAGAAGAAGGUGAUACAAAUCAAGAAAUGGCAGAACAAGGGGCAAAAGAACAUGAAGAUGACAGCCCAAGAUCAUUUCGAGCCUCCAUGCAAAGAAUUAACCGUGAAACUAUGGAGUUAAUGAUAUCUGAGAUGCAGCAGCUGCACACCGACUUUUAUGGUUUUCGGACAAAAAUGAGAGGGAGAAUGACUAACGUGGAAGGAAAGCUUAAUCAGCUUGUUAACCAUUUUUUUCCUCCAACCCCACCUGAUGCCAACUGACUUGAUAUUUCUUUAGUUUGGCUAAUCUUUAGGAUGGACAUCUUAGGGUUAUGCAUGUUAUGGAUAUGUCUUGAACCUUUUUAUCUUGUUUUAUGAAUGGAAAUGGCAUCACUGGUGUUAACAUGCUUUGUGAAUUGUUGUUUAUGAUUUGAUGAUACUAUGCUUUUAUUGAGGGGGAGUUUAUUGGUUGAUGAUUGUAUUAAUGUCUUUGGUUGUCUAUGGUGCUAUAUUGAUGAUGAUUGAUGAUUAGAUGCUUUAAAGGGGGAGAGAAUAUGCUGAAUUUAAUGUCAUUUUCUAGAGUACCUUGUGCUGAAAUUCUGGUUAAUAUUGAAGUAUUUAUGUGCUUUCAUUAAUUAAUUCUCAAAGUGUUUUGUCAUUAUCAAAAAGGGGGAGAUUGUUGUACCUAUGAUUUUGAUGAUUACAAAACACAUUUGAGUGACUAAUUGGUUUAUUUAAGUGUGUAGUUAAGUUGCUAAAAGAUUGCAAGUAAACUUGGAUUGCACUA